UCAAAUUUAUAACAAUAUUGAAAGUGACAUUUUUCACUAUAAGGAAUUUCAUAUUAAACCUCCCACAAAAGAAAAAGAAAUAAAACGUUCUUACAUCGAUUGCGUCAAUUGCUGUCGGGUAAGGUUUAGCAGCGUGUGUUGCAUUUGCUGUAAACGUAGUAUGCACGAGGCCCACCCAUCAGUGCAGGUUGUAUAGACGUCCGUCUUUUGAUAUAAUCGCAAGGACUUCUGCAACUAAUACUUCAAAAUUAAUAAAAAUCAGUCAUUGACGAGGAAGAAAUGGGAAAAGUUAUUUGUGAAGUUUGCAAGAAAAAAUGCAGUGGGAACGCAUUACGGGUUCAAGACAGAUAUUUUCACAUUGAAUGUUUUAAAUGUACAGAAUGUACAUCAUCUCUAGCAGAAGGUGGAUUUUUUAUGAGAGAGAGUAAAUAUUUUUGUACGGCAGAUUAUCAAAAAUUAUUUGGCAUAAGAUGUGCUGGUUGUAAUGAUUACGUUGAAGGAGAUGUUGUUACAGCUUUAGGAAAUACUUACCACCAGAAAUGUUUUUCUUGUGCUAGUUGUAGACAAAUAUUUCCAACUGGUGAAAAAGUAACAUUUACUGGUAAAGAAUGCUUGUGUUCAAAGUGCAUUCAAAUACCUGUUCGUUCCCAGUCACCUGAAGAAUUAAUAACUGAAGAUGGGCAAAAAUGUGCUGGUUGCGGAGAAGAAUUAAAGGAGGGACAAGCACUUGUAGCUUUGGAAAAACAAUGGCAUAUUUGGUGUUUUAAAUGUACUACUUGUGCAGUUGUAUUACAUGGAGAAUAUAUGGAUAAAGAUGGUCUUCCUUAUUGUGAAAAAGACUAUCAAAAGAAUUUUGGAGUUAAAUGCACUCAUUGUGAAAGGUACAUAAUUGGAAAAGUUUUACAGGCUGGUGAUACCCAUCAUUUUCAUCCUACUUGUGCUCGUUGUUCAAAAUGUGGAGACCCUUUUGGAGAUGGAGAAGAAAUGUAUAUGCAGGGUGGUGCUAUUUGGCAUCCUCGAUGUGGACCAAGACCAGAUAGUAAAUUAGAUGAUAAUGUAUUUGAUGAUCAAGCAAAUAAUAUUGAUGGUCAGAUUUUCCCACCUUAUUCUCCCAGUCUCUCCAGUUCCCGUUCCACCAGUCCUUACAGUUCUCUUACUAGACAGUAUGGUCGAUUGAGUCCUGGCAGCUUUCUUGACAAAGACCCUCUCAUCACAGAUUUAAGUAGAGUAUAUACAUAUAGCUAUCUUACUGCUGAACCUACUCAGGGAUAUUUAAAGAGACCAAUUGAGCCACAUCCACCAAAAUCACCUCAGUUCCAUCGUCCUCCUGAAAAUGGUGGUAGAAGAAGAAUAAUAAUGAAACCUAUUAUAAAACAAGGAAUGCAAGUUUUAGUGGAUUCUAUUCAAUCUACUACACCACGACCACGUUCCCCACAUAUGAAUAAUGAAGAACCAAUAGAAUUGGCUCAUUACCCUAAUGCACAACGCCCGAAACCUACUGAAGUUGCUAAAAUUGAGAGAGAUGAUUUUCCUGCUCCACCAUUUCCUUAUACAGAUCCAGAAAGACGUAGAAGAUGGAGUGGAAGUUCAAGAGAAAUGGAUUUAGAAGAAGAAGAAGAAGAAAGUGAAAUUAUUGAGGAAGAUACUCAGUUAAAGAAAGAAGAGGAAGAAUUAUCUAAGAUUGCUACAGGAAUUGGAAAAGUUUUUUUGAAAACUGUUAAAGAAAGAGAAAAAUUAAGAGCUUGGAAACGAGCCAAUCUUGAUCCAAGGAAUGCUUCUCGCACUCCUUCUGCAAGUAAAGAACCACCAGUGAGACUUCGUUAUGAUAGUCCUGUUAAUGCAUCUUGGAAACGAGCCAAUCUUGAUCCAAGGAAUGCUUCUCGCACUCCUUCUGCAAGUAAAGAACCACCAGUGAGACUUCGUUAUGAUAGUCCUGUUAAUGCAUUUUUAGUUGUUUCUUCCCUUCGAUCUGUACCUAAACCUGGUUACGGCCUGACAACAAAAUCUGCAACUUUGCCAGUCGGUGGUAGGGAUGGUGGAUAUGGUUUUAUGACUACAGAUAUCACAUUUGGGAAAUUAGAUAACACUCAAAGUUCUGAUAUUAGUAGUGGUAAAUCUAGUGUAUCACCUGUUCUUGAUCAAGAUAAAUUGAUAAAUCAUAGUGUCAGUGCAACAUUUCGCAGUACUCCUUAUUCUGAUGGUUAUAGUAGUUUCCGAUAUCCAUCAUACAGUCCACAUUUGAGACGUUCUAUGCCUAAUGUUAAUCUGCAUUUAUCAAAUGAACCUCCAAAAUUAUAUCCUUAUCAUUUGCUGAUAACUAAUAAUUAUAGGCUGCCUCCAGAUAUUGACAGAUGUCAUUUAGAGCGACAUUUAUCAAAUGAAGAAUUUCAUGCAAUUUUCCACUUGACCCGUUUGGAAUUUUACCGUUUACCAGAAUGGCGCCGUAAUGAUUUAAAAAAGCGAGCUAAACUCUUUUAAGCAGAUUAGUAAUAAAAACUGUAGCAUUGAUAAUCAAUAACUGUAGAUUAUGACUGAAAUCCUAAUUUUUAUAGUUGACAUAUAUUCCAAUAAUGAAUUUGUUAUAAUUGUUUUUCCUAUUUUAAAAACUGUUUCUAUUCCAUGACAUACUUAUUAAU